AAGCAGCCCUCCCUUGCUGAGCACAGUGCCCCUGAACAUUUACCACCAUUACACUGCUGGAGCUCACGCUUGCAUGUAUGUCCCAGUUUCUCUGCAGAAGAGUACUUCACCCGUUUGCAGUCCAGCCAACAAUAAAGGAGGGUUUCUUUCCCCAUAUCUUUGCCGACAUUUGAUGGUGGUGGUUUUCCUUGCCAUCGCUAUUCUGACUGGAUCCUUGAGCCUUGAGGGGAGGGUUUUGAUAAAGACACCAACUUACUCAUGUCAUCGAGCAUGGAGAAAUGGAGCUGGUGCCCAGCUAGAAGUUUCACCAGUAUUGAAUAACUUUCAUGGUGCUGGAAGAAGUUGGAAACCUGAUCGCUCACAGAGGCCAGAAUGGUGGAAUGAAGCAGAAAGCCACUGAAGCCAGCUGGAGAGACAAGCCCUUUCUGGAGGAGCAGCCACUGCUCUGCUCCAGAUAACUGUGGCAAGGCAGGAAUGUUGACCUAUUGUUACUGCACUCACUGUCCACUUUCUCAGGCUACAUUAUUGGAAUUUUGAAGUCAUGAAAACACCAGAUGAACCAACCUGCAACACCUUGGAUUCACAUUGGAAAAUAAAGAGAACGCUUAAAGAAUGUGGCCUAUAGAGGUGGUAGCCCCUGGAAACAUUAACCAGCUGGUAGUGUCAAAACAGACCAGUUUCUAGAAAUAGAGAUUAUUCUAGUCCAGUGUCAAGGUUCAAGAAAAAUGUACAACUAAAAACUUUUCGCCCCCUCUCUUCUGCUUCAGACAGGUACUAGCACAGGUGAAUUAUGAUUUUCCCUGGUUGAGAGUAUUUGGUUUUGCCUAUGUAGACCAUGCCUAGGAAUGAAAUGCGUUGUAUUUAAUGUAGAUUAUAAUGGGAAACAUUUUCACAAUGGCAGAUUUCAAAGACUUGGUUCCAAACUGAGCCGAAGCUUCCCGAUGUAUUUCGUAGUCCAGGAAAACUGUGCCAUGCUGGCCCUGUUUUGAAGGCCACCAUGCUCUCUACUAGAAGGAUAUCAUCUUAUUGCUGAUAUCUUUGGAGCACCCCAAGCAGACACAGAAAAUGAAUGGAGGCAAAGAGUGUGACGGAGGAGACAAGGAAGGAGGUGUUCCAGCUGUACAGGUUCCUGUGGGUUGGCAGCGACGUGUGGAUCACAAUGGCGUGCUUUACAUCAGUCCCAGUGGGUCUUUGUUGUCUUGCUUGGAGCAGGUUAAAACAUACCUGCUUACUGAUGGAACAUGCAAGUGUGGCUUGGAAUGUCCUCUGAUUCUUCCCAAGGUGUUUAAUUUUGAUCCUGGAGCUGCUGUGAAGCAGAGAACCGCAGAAGACGUGAAAGCAGAUGAAGAUGUCACCAAGCUCUGUAUACAUAAGAGGAAAAUCAUUGCAGUGGCCACACUCCAUAAAAGCAUGGAGGCCCCACAUCCUUCUCUGGUGCUCACCAGUCCUGGAGGAGGAACAAAUGCAACUCCAGUAGUACCUUCACGGGCGGCAACUCCAAGAUCAGUAAGAAACAAGUCUCACGAAGGAAUUACAAAUUCUGUAAUGCCUGAAUGUAAGAAUCCUUUCAAGUUAGUGACUGGAUCAUCAAAUGCCAUGGGAAGACUAUAUGUGCAAGACCUGCCUGGAACCCAGCAGCAAGAACUCCACCCUGUCUACCCCCGACAGAGAUUGGGCAGCAGUGAACAUGGACAGAAAUCCCCAUUUCGUGGCAGCCAUGGAGGCCUACCCAGCCCAGCAUCAUCAGGUUCCCAGAUUUAUGGAGAUGGCUCUAUCUCUCCAAGGACUGACCCACUUGGAAGCCCUGAUGUCUUCACAAGAAAUAACCCUGGUUUUCAUGGAGCUCCCAAUUGCAGUCCUAUUCACCUGAAUAGGACUCCUCUUUCUCCACCUUCAGUAAUGCUACAUGGUUCUCCCAUACAGUCAUCCUGUGCAAUGGCUGGAAGAACUAAUAUACCUCUUUCCCCAACCUUGACUACAAAGAGUCCAGUAAUGAAAAAACCAAUGUGUAAUUUUUCAACUAAUAUGGAAAUACCACGAGCAAUGUUCCACCACAAACCACCCCAAGGCCCACCUCCCCCUCCUCCACCUUCUUGUGCUCUUCAGAAAAAGCCAUUAACAUCUGAGAAAGAUCCACUUGGCAUUCUUGACCCUAUUCCUAGUAAACCAGUGAAUCAGAACCCUAUUAUCAUUAAUCCAACCACUUUCCAUUCAAAUGUCCACUCUCAGGUACCUGUGAUGAAUGUAAGCAUGCCUCCUGCUGUUGUUCCUUUGCCAAGUAAUCUCCCUUUGCCAACUGUAAAACCUGGUCAUAUGAAUCAUGGGAGUCAUGUACAAAGAAUUCAGCAUUCAGCUUCAACCUCCCUGUCCCCUUCUCCAGUGACAUCCCCAGUGCACAUGAUGGGGACUGGAAUUGGAAGGAUUGAGGCAUCGCCCCAAAGAUCACGCUCAUCUUCCACAUCAUCAGAUCAUGGAAAUUUCAUGAUGCCACCUGUAGGACCCCAAGCCACUUGUAGUGGCAUAAAGGUUCCACCUAGGUCACCAAGGUCAACAAUAGGUUCCCCAAGGCCAUCAAUGCCAUCAAGCCCUUCUACCAAGUCUGAUGGACAUCAUCAGUACAAGGAUAUCCCUAACCCAUUAAUUGCUGGAAUGAGUAAUGUACUUACUACCCCAAGCAGUGCAGCUUUUCCUCCUGCAUCUGCGGGAAAUGGUUCUGUAAAGAGUCAGCCUGGUUUGCUGGGAAUGCCUUUAAAUCAGAUCUUGAACCAGCACAAUGCUGCCUCCUUUCCAGCAAGUAGUUUACUCUCAGCAGCAGCCAAAGCACAGCUAGCAAAUCAAAACAAACUUGCUGGUAACAACAGUAGCAGCAGUAACAACUCUGGAGCUGUUGCCAGCGGUGGCAGCUCUGAAGGACACAGCACUUUAAACACCAUGUUCCCCCCGACUGCCCACGUGCUCCUCCCAGCAGGUGAAGCCCAAAGUGGUCGAGCAGCACUAAGAGAUAAGUUGAUGUCUCAGCAAAAGGACUCACUACGGAAAAGAAAACAGCCACCUGCCACAGUGUUGAGUUUGCUCAGACAGUCUCAAAUGGAUAGUUCUGCAGUUCCGAAACCUGGACCCGACUUGCUAAGGAAGCAGGGGCAGGGGUCGUUUCCCAUAAGUUCAAUGUCUCAGUUACUACAGUCUAUGAGUUGUCAAAGCUCUCACUUGAGUAGCAAUAGUACCCCGGGUUGUGGGGGAUCAAAUACUGCUUUGCCUUGCUCUGCCAACCAGCUGCAUUUUCCAGAUCCUAAUGUGAAUUCCAGUGUUCUUCAGAAUUCACUGACACAGAGCAUACCUUUAAGAGGGGAAGCCGUGCACUGCCACAACGCAACCACUAACUUUGUCCACAGUAACAGUCCAGUCCCCAACCACCAUCUUGCAGGUUUAAUAAAUCAGAUUCAGGCUAGCGGGAACUGUGGGAUGCUCAGUCAGUCGGGCAUGGCUUUAGGAAAUUCAUUACAUCCCAAUCCACCUCAGUCAAGAAUUUCAGCGUCCACCACUCCAGUGAUACCAAACAGCGUUGUUAGCAGCUAUAAUCAAACAAGUUCUGAAGCAGGUGGUCCAAGCCUACCAUCCUCCAUAGCUAUAGCUGGCAGCAACCACCCUGCCAUCACAAAGACAACAUCUGUUCUCCAAGAUGGUGUCAUAGUCACCAGCGCAGCUGGACACCCACUGCAGAGUCAGCUGCCCAUUGGGAGUGAUUUUCCUUUUGUUGGCCAGGAGCAUGCCCUUCAUUUUCCAUCCAACAGUACUGCAAACAACCAUCUUCCACACCCCUUGAACCCCAGCCUCCUCAGUUCUCUGCCUAUCUCUUUGCCAGUGAAUCAACAGCAUCUCCUAAACCAGAAUCUAUUAAAUAUCCUCCAGCCUUCAGCAGGAGAAGGCAAGUCUGAGAUCAACCUCCACCCUUUAGGUUUCCUCCACCCCAAUGUAAACGCUGCUUUAGCCUUUCUCUCUGGUGACCUGGAUGGGCAGGUCUUACAGCCUGUUCACUUUCAGCUUUUAGCAGCCCUGCUCCAGAACCAAGCCCAAGCAGCUGCCAUGCUUCCCCUGCCAUCUCUCAAUCUGACCAUCUCAGAUCUUUUACAGCAGCAAAAUACCCCUUUACCCUUAUUAACACAGAUGACAACCCCACCAGACCGUUUGCCAAGCAAUCAGUCAGACAACAGCCGAGCUGAGACCCUUUUAACCAGCCCCAUGGGAAACCCUUUACCGAGCUUUACAGGCAGUGACACUACUUUUAACCCCCUGCUCCUCCCAGCUGUCACUGGGGCCUCAGGAUUAAUGGCCUUGAAUCCCCAGCUGUUGGGAGGUGUCCUGAACUCAGCAUCGGCCAACACCGCUAAUCAUCCAGAGGUUUCCAUAGCAACCUCCUCCCAGGCAACCACUACCACAACCACUACAUCAUCAGCAGUGGCAGCACUGACUGUCUCAACACUUGGUGGGACAGCAGUGGUGUCAAUGGCAGAAACAUUGCUGAAUAUAUCUAAUAAUGCUGGGAAUCCACCUGGUCCAGCUAAACUCAACAGUAACUCUGUGGUGCCACAGCUACUUAACCCUCUACUGGGGACAGGUCUGCUUGGUGAUAUAUCAUCAAUAAACAAUUCUUUGAAUAACCAUCAACUGAGUCAUCUACAGUCGCUGUUAAACAGCAAUCAGAUGUUUCCUCCAAGUCAACAACAGCAGCACCUUCUCCAGGGACACCAGAAUCUUCAGGCCUUCCAAGGACAGCCUGCAGUCCCUUGCCCAGCUAACAGUAACCCCAUGGCUUGUCUGUUUCAGAACUUCCAGGUGAGGAUGCAAGGAGAUGCAGCUCUUCUAAAUAAAAGAAUAAGCACUCAGCCGGGGCUCACAGCACUUCCUGAGAACCCAAACCCUGCACUUCCACAUUUCCAAGAUACACCUUGUGAGCUGCAGCCAAGGAUUGACCCAUCUCUUAGUCAGCCAGUGAAAGACAGCCUUGUUAUGGGUGGCCAAGGAGACGCCUCUGUAGAUGCCAUUUACAAAGCAGUUGUCGAUGCGGCCAGCAAAGGGAUGCAGGUUGUCAUCACCACUGCUGUCAACAGUACAACUCAGAUCAGCCCUGUUCCGGCUCUGAGCGCCAUGAGUGCCUUCACUGCGUCUAUUGGUGACCCGUUGAACUUGUCGAGUGCUGUGAGCGCGGUCAUUCAUGGUCGGAGCAUGGGAGGAAUGGACCAUGAUGGCAGGCUGAGGAAUGCAAGAGGAGCGCGGCUGCCCAAGAGCAUAGACCAUGGGAAGAACUCCAGCGAAGGAGAUGGGUUGGAGUAUUUCAAGUCAGCAAGUUGCCACACAUCCAGAAAACAGUGGGAUGGGGAGCAGAGUCCCAGAGGAGAACGGAACAGGUGGAAAUAUGAGGAAUAUUUAGAUCAUCCAGGCCAUAUCCACAGUAGUCCUUGUCAUGAAAGGCCCAACAAUGUGUCUACACUGCCAUUUCUACCUGGGGAACAACACCCAAUACUGUUACCACCAAGAAAUUGUCAAGGGGAUAAAAUUCUGGAGGAAAAUUUCAGGUAUAAUAACUAUAAAAGAACUAUGAUGAGUUUUAAGGAGAGACUAGAGAACACUGUGGAGAGAUGUGCACACAUUAAUGGAAACAGACCUCGUCAGAGUCGGGGCUUUGGAGAGCUGUUAGGCACUGCAAAACAAGACCUAGUCCUAGAGGGGCAGUCUCCAGGUUCUUCAAAUAGUUUGGAAAGUUCUCUGGUCAAAGACUACAUCCAUUACAAUGGAGACUUUAAUGCCAAAGGCAUUAAUGGGUGUGUGCCUAGUCCCUCAGAUGCUAAAAGCAUUAGUAGUGAAGAUGACCUAAGGAAUCCGGACUCUCCCUCUUCACAUGAGUUGAUACACUAUAGACCAAGGACGUUCAACGUUGGUGACUUGGUCUGGGGCCAAAUCAAAGGACUGACUUCCUGGCCUGGAAAAUUCCUAAGAGAAGACGACGUUCACAGUUCAUGCCAACAAAGCCCCGAGGAAGGGAAGGUGGAGCCCGAGAAGUUGAAGACCCUAACAGAAGGUUUAGAAGCCUACAGCCGAGUCCGGAGAAGGAACAGAAAAAGUGGAAAACUAAAUAACCAUUUAGAAGCUGCUAUUCAUGAGGCCAUGAGUGAACUGGACAAAAUGUCUGGGACUGUUCACCAAAUCCCACAGGCUGACAGACAGAUGAGGCCCCCCAAGCCCAAGAGGAGGAAGAUCUCCAGAUAACAGAGACUACUCCACUGGUACACAGUGCUUAUCAAAGGAGCAUGCCCAGAUUCAUCUGUGUGUAGGUAUCGAUACGGCCACCGUUAGAUCCAAAUGUAAACGAUGGCAGAUAGGUACCACCAUCACAGGGUGCCAGGAGGAGCAGUGAUGCAGAUAUGCUGGGAUCAGGAAGGAAAGUGAAUGUUCAAAACAAAACAAUCAAAAUCCCUGUGUGAGCCAAGUGAUAAAUGGUCAAGUGAUUGCUGAGAAAUGUUUUCUAUUAUGCUAAAAUUGUGAUUAUAAGAAAUAGUCCAAAUGUUUCUGAAGAAUUUUCAGUGUUGUAUAUAAAAAAUACAGAAUUUCAUGGCGAUAUUAGAAAUGUAAAUAUUGUACAAUAUUGUCAUGUACAAGCAUACUUAAUGCACACUUUAUCUUUUAUUGUACAAAGAAAUAGUGUACAAAACUCUUUGGUUUCUAUGGAGUACACCUACCAGAGACUACCAGUGUAAAGUGAUAAAUAAAAAUACAACCUAAAUGCUUUUCUAUGAUAAUGUAAAAGAUGCUGGUUUUGUAUUUAACAGCAGAGAAAAGGCAUAAUGAUGUAAUAGGGAAGUCAUGGCAUAUACUGCAUACCACCGAGUUUCCAUCUAUAAUGUCUCUUUAGCAGGAACCUUGCACAGACCACUAGACUCAGUUUUUGGUGCCUAGGAAAACUGCAAAUUUCUGAAGGGAUGAAGGCUCAUGGGCCUAAGUCAAGAAUUCAGAAUCUCAACCAUUUGUUACUAUCUUAUUGUUUUACAGUUUCAGACAUUUGUAUAAUGAACUUGAGUCAUUCUCUCCACCUCCAUCCCCCUCUUGUAUUCCCCCCUCUCUUUACAGUGAGUCCUCAUCCUAUUUUCAUGUCUUCUUGUGUGUGACACACUGAAUCUGAGUAGAGUUUCUUGCCUGAGCAUGGGUGGGAGGUUAGUUACCGGCGCAAGGCAACUUCUCAGUGGACCCACCAGAAGGGAAAGCGACAUGCCCUCCCCCAGCAGCCAUGGACUGCUAAUAGUCGCUCGGGGUGGAGUGGGGCCAAAUGGGUCCCUCCAGCAUCCAUGAUGUUGGUAUAAUCAAUCACGUGUAAGUCUUGUGCAGAUAACCACAGCUGCAGUGAUGUCGAGGGGGACAUGGCUAUGGCAUAUCCUGAAGACAUCUCCCUGUGUUUUGGCUCUUAGAUUCUCCCCACCGCCUUUUACUAUCUUGGAAAAGUGACAUGGCUGUUCCAUUUAGGGCAUUUUUUAAAACUACAUUUUAAAGCAGAAUAGGUCAUAUAAAAUUUAAAAGUCACUUAGAUGAACUAUUUUACUCAGCCAUUUUAUUAAGUAAAUAUUUGGUGGCCGCCUGUUGAACUAGCUAGCUUUCCACCAACAAUGCUCAGAAUCAAAGGUUUUCUACAGACAACAUCGGAUGAGAUAUAACUUUUCAUUUCCACACAUGGAGGCAAAAGCCACAUGUAGCAACCAUUAACAGACAUGAGGGUGAUGACGGUUCAGUUUUUAUUUUUUGUAGUGGAAAAAAUAAAUCAAAGCACAUUGCAUAUCAUUCCCUAGUGUCACUUCACACAGAAGGGAGAGCAGCCUUCAAAAUUAUGAAAAGUGGUUAUCAGUAUUCUGUACCAUAUCAGAUUUAUUUUAUUUAAAGAAUUGUUUAUACCAUUCAUAGAUUAUUUUAUAUAUAUAUAUAUAUAAAUGUGGCUGAAAUAUGUGGGUUAAGUCUUAUUAGCCAAAUUAUUUGUGUUACAUUAAAUAAGAAAAAUGUGAAAUAAAUGUAGAAAAUUACUACAUUACAAAUGCACAAACCUAAAACUGUGAGCCAGCAUAAAGUUCAAGGUAAUGAAUAACAGUGGAGCACAGUGUAUCUCCUGUUUCCCAGUUCUUUGUGGUGGUGUCAUAAACAAAAUUUCAGACCACCUCAGGUAGAGACUGUCAAAAGAUAUGAUCUGUUGUCCCUCUGUCUUGGAACCAGCCUCUACCCAGAACCCCCAGAGAGAACACUGCCUGCUCUCUAGCCCUGGUCACUGUAUCUCAGCGCCCAGCUGCUGGAAGAUUAUACCCUAGCAGGACUGGACUCCAGAUACCACCGCCCUCCUGAGCCUCCUUUUCAACUCCUCAGACCCAUCAUGUAACCGAGUUCCAGGAACUCAGGAAAAAGGAGACAAAACUCAAGUUGUUUCUUGGGGCCAAAGUACACAGUACACGGCAUACCACCCAAGUCGUCUUUUUCUUUUCUUUUCUUUUCUUUUCUUUUCUUUUCUUUUCUUUUCUU